CCUCAUCCCUACCGCAUCCUGUACUGUGGUUCCGUGGCUCCCGUCACCAUAGAAGUUAACCUCGAUGUUGUGUGUAGUUUCGUUUGCUGCAUUUUUUCUAUUCUAGUUUGAAAGGGUUUUGAGUAAGAUCAAGAUGAGUGACGAUGGAUUCAGCGACUUUGCAUCAGAGGAGUCUUCUUCGGAUGAUGAGUUAGAAUUUAUGCAAGACUCGAAAGUAAAAAACGAAGACUAUUUGGAGACAACUGUCCCACACUAUUCUGAUGAAACAUUUUUCGAGCAUUUCCGCGUGUCGAGAAAUGUGGCCAACGAAAUAAGCGGCAUGUUCCAGAACAGUGACUACAGAAGUAAAUCUGGCCCAUUUGGCAAACUGUUAUCCGGUGACCAGAUGCAGGCUGUGUGUGAUCAUCAGAGAAGGUUUAGAGAUUUAUUUGUAGGGUAUCUAGGAUCAGUUCAUGACAGUCGAGUUUUUCGGACUUCUCCUCUAAGUCAGACGUUAGAACAAAAUUGUGGGACCUAUUUUAUACUGGGAAACAAUAGAUAUCCUCUUCAAAAAAAUCUGCUAACACCCUACAAAGAUCGAGCGACUCUAACUGAACAAGAGAUAAAUUACAAUAUAAAGUUAUCUAAAAAUAGAUGCAUUAUUGAAAAUUCUUUUGGCAUGCUGAAGCAAAAAUUCCGUCAACUCAAUCACAUCAAGUUACGGGAGAUACUUUGAUAGUCCAUUUUGUAAGAGCAUUCUGUGUUGUCCAUAAUAUUGCUAUCAAGGAUGAACUUCCAGAUGCUAAUUUAAUAGAGACGAUCGAGGCUGAGAAUGCUGCAGUAGCCAUUGGUGAUGAUAGUGCAGAUAUAGAAGAUGAUGGUAGUGCUGUUGCUAUUAGGGAUUACAUUGCAGCUAUAUUAUGAAGUGGGACAGCUAAUAAUUUCAUAGAAAUAUGGUCCACAAAUGCUCCAUUUUUAUGAUAAGUGGUAGCUUUCCAUCUUUCACAGUUUAUUUUACAUUCAUCAAAAAACUGUGGAGGUAUUUGUAUGAAUAUUAAAAACUUGAGCAUCAAAUCUAUUCAAUCACAGGUUUUUGAUAAACGUAAAGCAGAUAAUUAAGGGUGGAAAACGUUUAACACAUGCACACAUAUGAAUAGAGCAUGACUGGGUCUAUAGUCAAGUGAACUUUUGAUUACAUUUUACAAUAUUUUAUCUGACCUUAAGUGUCUGUCACUACAUUUUGUAACACCUUGUAUAAUAUCAUUUAAAUAGUUUGUGUUAAUUUUAAAGAAACUCAUGUGCAUAAUGAGGUGAAAGUAUUUAUUACUACUUUCUAAAAUCAAUACAUGUGUUAUGUUUAUAGAUUGUCUUUUAUUGCAGUCUACCCCCAAAUCACAAAUGUAUUUGUAGUGUUU